AUGACGAGUACGAGGGCUGUGAGGGGCGGCACGCAGAUGCAUCAGUGCCAGGACGGGCACUGCAUACUGAAGAAUCAGACGUGCGACGGGAAGAUGGACUGCGGCGACGGGUCCGACGAGAUGGCCAGCCUGUGCGCGCACACGCGCGGCUGCAACGGCACCGACGACUUCCGCUGCAAGAACGGGGCGUGCAUCAGCGCGGAUCUGCUGUGUAACAGGCGCAACGACUGCGCCGACUUCUCGGACGAGGAGCUGUGCAACGUGAACAAGUGCCUCAUACCGGACAUCUGCGAGCACGAGUGCGUCGACAAGGUGGUGGGCUACGAGUGCCUCUGCCGGCCCGGGUACAAGCUGCUGCCCAAGAGUCCGCACCUCUGCACGGACAUCGACGAGUGUCACGAGCAGCAGCCCUGCUCCCAGACGUGCGUCAACACGUACGGCUCCUACAAGUGCAUCUGCGCCAAGGGCUAUGCCCUGGUCGACCAUCACACGUGCAAGGCCACCAGCAAUGUGUCCAUGGAGCUGAUCUUCUCCAAUCGCUACUACAUGCGACAGGUGAACAUGGAGGGCAACGGCACCAUACUGACCAACGAGCUGUCCAAUGCGGUGGCGCUGGACUUUGACUGGGACAGCCAGUGCCUGUACUGGUCGGACGUGACCAGCACCGUGGGCACCAUCAAGCGCCACUGUCCGGCGGAGAACAGGACGCAGACGCUGCAUCAGACGAUGCUCAAGAAUCCCGACGGCGUGGCCGUCGACUGGGUGGCCAAGAAUCUCUACUGGUGCGACAAGGGUCUGGACACCAUCGAGGUGUCGCAGUUGGAUGGAAAGUAUCGCAAGGUGCUGAUCAGCGAGUAUCUGCGGGAGCCGCGAGGCAUUGCCCUGGACCCGUACCAGAGGCACAUCUGCUGGUCGGACUGGUGCGACAAACCGCACAUCGGCAAGGCCGGCAUGGAUGGCUCCAAUCCGCGGAUGAUCAUCCGCAAGAAUCUCGGCUGGCCCAAUGCCCUGACCAUCAGCUUUGAGACGCAGCAGCUCUUCUGGGGCGAUGCCCGAGAGGAUACCAUUUCGGUGAGCGAUCUGGAUGGCAAUCACACGCGCCUGCUGAUGGCCAGGAGCCUCAAUCCGGGCCUCAAUCUGCACCACAUCUUCGCCAUUGCCGUGUGGGAGGAGCGUAUCUACUGGUCCGACUGGGAGACCAAGUCCAUCGAGUACUGCCACAUGUACAGCGGCCAGAACUGCUCCACGCUGCUCACCACCAUCCACCGGCCGAUGGAUCUGCGCGUCUUCCAUCCGUACCGCCAGCAGCAGCCGGUCAGUGGCAAUCCCUGCCUCUCGGCCAACUGCUCGACGCUGUGCGUUCUCUCCCCGGAGGCGCCCUACUACAAGUGCAUCUGCCCCACCAACUUCAUACUGGCCGACGACGGACGCACCUGCCGGGCCAACUGCACGGCCGCCCACUUUGAGUGUGUCAACACGUACAAGUGCAUUCCGAUCUACUGGCGCUGCGACACCCAGGACGACUGCGGCGAUGGCAGCGACGAGCCGGACACCUGUCCGCCCUUCCACUGCGAGCCGGGCCAGUAUCAGUGCGCCAACAAGAAGUGCAUCCAUCCGGCCCACAUCUGCGACGGUGUCAACCAGUGUGGCGACAGCUCGGACGAGCUGAACUGCGACAAGUUCACCUGCUUCGACACGCACCUCAAGUGCGGCGCCACCGCCAACUCCAGUGCCUUCUGCGUGGACAAUGUGAAGCGCUGCGAUGGGGUCAGGAAUUGUCCUGGCGGCGAGGAUGAGGCCGGAUGCACACCGCUGGUCUGCAAGAAGGAUGAGUUCCAGUGCGACAACAAUCGCUGCAUGACCUACGUGUGGGUGUGCGAUGGCGACAUCGAUUGUCCGGACAAGUCCGAUGAAGCCAACUGCGACGAUGUCUCCUGCGGACCCAACGAUUUCCAAUGCGAUUCGGGUCGCUGUAUUCCUUUGGCCUGGCGCUGUGACGACGAGCACGACUGCCCGAAUGGCGAGGACGAGCCAGCCAGCUGUUUCACCUCGAAGGCCACCUGCGAUCCCACGUACUUCAAGUGCAACAACUCCAAGUGCAUUCCCGGACGCUGGCGCUGCGACUACGAGAACGAUUGCGGUGACGGCAGCGAUGAGCUCAACUGCCAGAUGAGGAACUGCUCGGAGAGCGAGUUCCGCUGCGGCACCGGGAAGUGCAUCAAGCACAACUACCGCUGCGAUGGGGAGAUCCACUGCGACGACAGCAGCGACGAGAUCAACUGCAACAUCACCUGCAAGUCGAAUCAGUUCAAGUGUGCGGCCUUCAACACGUGCAUCAACAACCAAUAUCAGUGCGACGGCGAUGACGACUGCCCCGAUGGCUCCGAUGAGGUGAACUGCACCUGUCCGGCGGAUCACUUUAGCUGCGGCAACGGCAAAUGCAUCAUGUCGCGCUGGAAGUGCGAUGGCUGGGACGAUUGCCCGGACGGCAGCGACGAGAGCUAUGCCACCUGUGCGCACGUCCACUGCCACACGAACGCCUUCAAGUGCAACAACCUGAUCUGCAUACGGAACUCGGCCCUCUGCGACGGCGUCAACGAUUGCGGCACCAACGAUGACGAGUCGGAUCAGGUGUGUGCGGCGCUGCCCAAGUGCCGGCACAAUCAGUUCCAGUGCGAGAACGACGAUUGCAUAUCGAUGAUCUUCCGCUGCGACGGCCAGUACAACUGCAUCGACGGCUCCGACGAGAAAAAUUGCCAGCCACCGGUCUGUGGCUUUGGCACCUGCUCUCAGAUUUGCAUCGAGAAGAAGGCGGGCCACUUCAACUGCAAGUGUGCGGAGAGGUACCACAAGAGGGCGGAGAAGAACGCCACCUGCCUGGCAUCCGGACCAGAUCAGAUACUGCUGCUCGCCUCCAAGCAGAAGGGCACCACUGUGGUGGGCUUCUUCCAGACGGACAGCCUGUAG